AUGAAUUUGGUUACAUCUGGCUCUUACACUUUUAUUGUUAAUGGUAAUUUCACGGAUAAUUUACAGGCUAGAAAGGGGAUUCGUCAGGGUGAUCCCGUGUCGCCUUUGCUAUUUGUUCUAAUGAUUGAGUAUCUCAAUAGAUGCCUUAUUUUUAAUCCUUGUAAAUGCAAAGCCUUUUAUGGCAGUGUAGACGAUGAUAGUAGGUGGAGUAUCCAAUCUUUUACAGGUUUUGAAGAGGGUAAUUUUCCUGUUCGUUACCUAGGAGUGCCCCUUAGCAGCAAGAAGCAUGGUUUGACAAACUACCUCCCUCUCAUUGAUAAAAUUACUGGCAGAAUUCGUCAUUGGUCCUCCAAAUUACUUAGCUAUGCUGGUCGUAUACAAUUGAUUCGUCGUAUACAAUUGAUUCGUAGUAUCAUUGGAUCCAUUACCCGGUGGCAUGGCAUAAAGUUUGCAGCCCGAUCAAGCAAUGCGGUUUAG